AUGGCAGCUAGUUCCAGGGCAGUAGAUGGCGAGCUCCCGAUUCUCAAGGGUGGAAAAAGUUUACUCACUGCUAAAGAGAUUCCAAUCGCAGCUCGAGCCAGAGGACCUGGACCGGCGGCUUAUACUUUACCCCCAACAAUUGGUCCAGAUGGAAAAGCCAAAGGAGUUCGUGCUCCAGCAUACUCAUUUGGAAUUAAACUCAAGGCCGAGAAAAAAGAGUUAACUCCUGGUCCCAACAAAUUUUUCCCUCAAACAACACGUACCGGAUUAUCCAAAGGACCAGCAUUUUCUCUUCAAGGUGGAUUCAAAAAGCGAGCCACGGAUGCUUCCGAAGCUGACUGUGAUACUCUUGGAAAGGAUACCCCAGGCAAGUCACCACUAUGUCCAGGAAAAUAUAAUCCGACAUAUAUCCCGAGUAAGGAAUCUAAAGCCCCUGCCUACAGUAUUCAGCCACGACGUCAGACUGAAAAAAGCAAAUUUAGAUCAGCUAAUGCAAUUCAAAUACACCAAUUUAAUGAGAAUCCAGGACCAGCUCAAUAUGAAAUCAACUCAACAUUGGGAAUGCAUCCAGUGGUAACUAUUUCUGCUGCUGCUGCAUACUCUAUUCGAUCUCAGCGGCCUAUCAGGUUGGAUCAGCUUUCACCUGGACCAGCAGCGUAUUCUCCAGUAACAAAUUCCAAAUUGAAGCAUUCAGCACCAGCAUAUUCAUUAGGAGCGCGAUUGGAUAAACCAGACUCGAUCAAAGUUCCAAGAGUGCACAAGUCCAACAAUCAUGGCGAAUCUACAGAUCAAGAAUCAGAUCAAUUUGAUGGUAAAAACCCAACACCUGGACCUGGACAAUAUACCCCCAGCCUCAAAUUUGUAAGACAAAAUAUUCCACGAUUCUCGUUCCGAUGUAAACACUCGGACUAUGAGCUGUUUAUACCAGACUGUCUAGAAGGAGGAUUCUCACUUUAG